AUGUCUUCCAAGCUUGACCAGUCCCUCGAGGAGAUUGCCGGCUCUCGCCGCAACGACGCUCGUCGCACCCGCCGUGGAGGCAAGCCUAGAGUUUCCACUGGAGGUGUCACCAAGAACACCGCUGCUGCUAAGCCCGCUGGUGGUCGUCAACCCAAGGCUGCCGCCGCCGCUGCCGCCAUCGUUGGUGCCGCUCUUCCCGCUACUGGAGAAAGCAAGAUCAUUGUCAGCAACCUGCCUUCCGAUGUUACGGAGCAGCAGAUUAAGGAAUACUUCACACAAGCCGUUGGACCCGUCAAGAAGGUCCUUCUCAACUACAACAAGAACGGCCGUAGUGUCGGUGUCGCCACUAUCAUCUUCUCCCAGGCACAAAGCGCAGCGGAAGCUGCCAAGAAACUCGACUCUGUCAAGGUUGAUGGAAAGCCCAUGAAGAUUGAAGUUAUUCUCGGUGCCAAGUAUGCUCCUGCUCCUGCUGCACCCAAGUCUCUUGGUGAUCGCAUCCAGGCACCCAAGGUAAAGAAGGAGAACAACAAGCCCAAGUCAGCUGCCGCUGCACCCAAACCCGCCACUGCUGGUGCUGCUGGUGCUACUAAGGCUUCUGGUCGUGGCGGUCGCAAGGGCCGUGCUGGCCAGGGUUUGCUAGAUAGGGAGUUUCAGCAGGCCUUCGUUGAGAGGGACCAACAACCGAAACCAGGCAUCAAGUAUUGA